UUCUCCGGAGGGCUUGCUCACUCAUCGGGGGGUUAACCAUUCAGGUGUCCUCAGCCGCAUGAUGCGUUCAGAGGGGUGGUCGAGAUGCAAGGAGCCCCCGAGCCCUAGCCCGGGUAGGGACGAUCAGGGGGUGUCCUCGGCUUCGUGUUACAACCCUCAUCGCCCUUCUGCAGGGAAGAGGGGUGAGGCGAUUCAGGCUACCCUCGAGCGGGCCGCGAGCCAUGGAUGCUUCGGUGAGCUGUUAACGCGCUUGUUCGAGUGGAUGUCCGUGCCCCGUUCGAUAGGGGUCGGCUCGUGGUCCGGAGACACGUCCAUGAGAGCGCUCAUGAAGGUUUGCUAGGUAGGGCUCGGUCCCAUUCGAUAGGGGCCAAGGGCGCAGAAGCACUCCCUCGAUGGGAUCCCUCGACUAGCUGCCUUCGUCUGGCCUCGAACACGACAUAUGGGGCGCCCCCGGACUUCGCGUCUGGGGAUAGGCUCGAUCGCGCACGCCCUGGUCAUCCCUGACUCUGGUGAUCUGAGGCGCCUGUUCGAACCUUCCGCAGGUCAGACUUCGAACCUCUGAUCAGUAAGGCCUUGCGGGGAGCGUCGUGCGUCCCUGUCUUUGCGUAUCUGUGGCGCCUGUUCGAACCUUCGGUGGGCCAGGCCUCGAGCCACUAAUCAGUACGGCGAUCUGGGGCACCCAUCGAACCCUUUCGAGGGGCCGGGCCUCGAGCCCCUGAUCAGUAGGGGUUUUAAGGAGAGGCACAGGAAGCCUAUCGGACUCCGCAUUCGAGGGAGAACGAGCGUGUCGCGGGCAUUCCUGGCUCCAUCGAUCUGGGACGCCCGUUCGAACCCUUUCGAGGGGCCGGGCCUCGAGCCCCUGAUCAGUAGGCUUACCUCAGAAGGUUUGGCUUACCUUGGAAGGUGCUCGCGACGCUUGGUCUCCGGUCGCGGACCGGAUCGUGAUCGUGCGUGUGCGGUCGUGGCUGAGGUGGCGUUGAACGGGCGACGUGGGCGCGCCUUUUUAGGCAAAGCGGCGCAGGCGGCGGGCAGUUCGGAAGGGACAUGCUACAGGGUUUCCCGUUUUACCGCGCUGCAAUGAUUACCGUCGCGCACGCACGCGUCGGUUCCUAGGCGGUGGGGCCUUGCUGUCAGCGACAGGCGGCACCCACCGCGUUUACUGCGGCCGUUCGCUUUCCCCCGACUUAAUAAAUAGGAAGUGCGGGGGAGGGGAUUUUUUACCUUGGUCAUUCGCCAUCGCCGUUCUUGUCUUCGCCAUCUUCCGCAUCCUCGAGCUCUUGUCCCAAGAGAUCAGCGCGCGUCCGCUCCGCCGUCGUCCAGCUCUCCUCCUCCUUCAUCCCCAGCCAUGGUUCAUAUGGGUGAGGCCGUGGCGUGGAGCCCGUCGAGCGUCGAUGAGCACCUGCUGCUGGGACUUGUCGGCGGCGGACUCCUGUCAAGGCAUCCGGGCAUGAAGAGGCCGGAGUGGAUCGUGCCGCCGUCCGUGCACCGGGAGCCGGAUCCCUCGGCGGGGUACGUCGUCAGCUUCGUGCGUCUGCAUGAGCGGGGGUUCAAUGUCCCCGCGGGCAGAUUCAUGCGGGCGCUCUGCCACUACUACGGGGUGGAGCUCCACAACUUCGCCCCCAACGCCAUCUCACAGGCGGCGAGCUUCGUUGCCGUCUGCGAGGGGUUCCUCGGGAUCGAGGCGCACUGGGACCUGUGGGUUCACCUUUUCCGGUGUGAGCUCCACACGGUCGCCGGUGGGGCGAGGGGGCUGCGCCGGCCCGUCCUCGCCGGCGGCCUCACGUUCGCGUUGCGCGAGGGGAGGAAGGACAAGUACAUCCCCGGCUCCAUGACGUCAAAUAACGCCGAUUGGGAAAAAGGAUGGUUUUACCUGUGCAACGACGGCGCCGGGCUCCCGGCGUACACCGGGAAGGUGCUGACGGAGCGGCCGGGACGCUGGGGGCGCGGCGUGUCGGAUCCGGCGAAGCGGGAGCAGCUCGAUCUUCUGACCGGCGCCCUGCACCGGUUGGCGGAGAAGGGGCUGACCGUGGCGGCCGUCAUCGCCAACUUCCAUUGGUAAGCAGUCUUCCCCUAUCCCGCCUGCUUUGGUUCGAUUCGCUCCCAGACUCUAGUUCUGACUUUCGUGACGGCGGCAGGGAGUGUUCCGCCACGCCUACGAGUCGCUGGCCCCCACGUCCAGUUCUGAGUCGGACGACGGCGGCGACCAGUGGGAGGAGAUCGGCAGGGAGGCAGAGGAGGAAGAGAGGCGGGAGCGCUUGGCCUCGCAGGCGAAGGGCAAGGGUGCCCGCGCCGAGGCUGGGACCUCGUCGGCGCAUGGUCGCGCCACACCCACCUCCGUGGUGGGCGUGGUGCCCCGGGUGGGGUUGCGUCGUCGGAGGUUCCGCUCGGCUCGAGCGGCGCGCAGCCCCCGAGUCCUGCGAGGAAACACAAGCGGGCGGUGUUUGUCCAGAGGUAAGGCACGCCCUGAUCCCGCGCAACUUGGGUUUGCUGAUUGAUUUGCUCUUUCGUCUUCGCUCCAGCGGGCUGGGUUCGCCUGCUGUCCCAACGCUCACGCCCGCCAAGGUGCUCAGGGCGGGGGCACACGCCGCGCUGCGCGCGACGGGGCUCUGCUCGUCCAGGAGGACGCGUUUCGAGGCGGCGGUCUCGGCGUCGCUUCGGGCGGCCGUCGAGCGGGGGGGCGAGCAGGGGAGGCAGAUGCUUUGCACCGCCGGCAGGGAAGGUGAGGGCCGCUCGAGCGAUGCAGCCCCCGUUGAAGGGGGAGAGGUGGCCGAUCCCACGCCGGGGUUCGAGCCCACGCUCGGGACGUUGCUGGUGCGGCCUGAUGGCCGAGUGGUGCCGCCGACGCCGGUAGCCGGCGCCGGAGAUCAGCAGACUGCCAACGCGUCCACGUCGCGCCAGAGCCCUGGGUCUCAACGACUAGAGCCCUGGGCUCGACCAGCGCGGGGUCCCUGACCAGGUGGUGUGGCGAGCGGAGAAGGCCCUCUGGCUCGAGUACGAGCAGAUCGGCACUUCCCUCCAGAACACCCUCCAGAGCGCCUUGACGCUUCACGCGGUCAAGGCGCUCGGGAUUCACCGAGUAAGUGUGUUUUACGUUUCCCAGCUCGCGCAGAGGGAAACGACCCUUGCCGAGGCGCAGGCUCAGCUCCAGCAGGAGCGCGCGGCGCGUGCCGAGGCGCAGACUUCGCUCCAGCAAGAGCGCACAGCGCUCGAGGGGUUGAGGUCCGCGCUUCAGCAAAGGGACGCAGCGGUCGCCGCGGUGAACGCUCAACUUCUUGUCGGGUAGACGGGGGUCAAGCUGCUCACCGGGGCACUGGUGCAGGAGGCCUGUACCGUCGAGGCCCUGCGCACCGGCGUGGAAGAGGAAGGUGCUUCAGUUCUGGAGCUGCAGCCAGGGGUCGGUGCCCUGCAAGCGGAGCUCGCAGAAGAGAAGAGGCGGACCGAGGGUGAGCCGUGGCUGCCAGAACCCUCGAUCCUUUCGGUUUCGCCGAAGUUUGUUGUUUGACGUUGCUUUUCGUACUUUCAGGGCUGCGGGAAUCUUUGGCGGGCUCGUCGGCGCAGAUGGAGGCUCUCCAGGCCGCAUGCAAGAAGAUCGAGGGGGUCGAGGGUUCGUCAGGCAGCUCGCUGGCGAGUCGCCUGGCGUCUCUGGGCGGCCGUGUCGUUGAGCGCCUGAGGGGCGCCCUUCGACUUGGUGUCCAGAAGACCCUGGGUUUGGCGUCGACCCACUACCUCCUCGACUUCAAUGCGCUGACGUCGGGCUACAUCGUCGCCAAAGGGCUUGAUGAAGACGCUACUGUUGCCGCCAUCCGCCAAGCUGAUGCCGCCGUCGACGGUCCUGCUACGAUGCUUGCCGGCUCGUUCGAGGAUGACCUCUUCCCUGAUGCAGACGAAGGCGGAGACGAUGCCGCCCCGCUCCCUCCUGCGCCCUGAAAGGGAUGGGCAUGGAAGCCCUUAGUUUGUAUUAGGAUUUGUAUCAAACAACUCGGUAUUGAAUGUACAAAUUACUCGCAAUUAUUUUUAGCAUGUUAUCGCGUUUUCCUCGUCUUCUUAGAGAGACUUUGGCCGGGAAGAUCGUAUACGUGAAUAACUUCAGCGUAGGGUGGUGAGGGGGGUGCCGUAUCCUCUCGGAGGCGUCGGGCGGUCCCGCGACUCGGCCGGCCCUAGCCUUAGUUGGUUCACGCCCUGCUCCUGUCCUUCUAAACGUUCGAGGCUAACGCGUUAACAUUUUUGAAAGAAUAGGUUUGCGAAAAAAAAUGGGACAGUUUGGGGGACGCCCCCCGUUGUAGCCCCCGAGGGAGACUUGGUUUUUUUGAGACCCUAAGCCGAGGGUAAAACCGAGACUUCCUGUUUUUGUUCGCGACCUCUUUAUUUAUUCGUUUACAAUUGCGUGAAUGAAAGAAGUAUGAAAGAAAAGACUUGCAAAUUCAUGGGUAAAAGCGACGUAGCUGUUGAAUGUUCCAAGCAUUGGCGAAGAUUUCGCCCUUCUCGUUCGCGAGCUUGUACGUGCCGGGCUUGAGUACUUCGGCGAUGAUGUAUGGCCCUUCCCACGGCGGCGAGAGCUUGUGUCGACCCCGGCUGUCUUGUCGCCGCCUCAGCACCAGAUCUCCCUUGUUGAGGUCUCGACGUCGAACCCUCUGUGCUUGAUAUCGUCGAAGGGAUUGCUAGUAUCUUGCUGAGUGCAGGGUCGCCACGUCUCGAGCCUCGUCCACACGGUCCAGCGAGUCUUCGCAAGCUUGCUGGUUUUGUUCCUCUUGGUAGGCCUUGAGCCUCGGGGACCCGUACUCCAAGUCCGUGGGGAGGAUGGCCUCGGCGCCAUAGACGAGGAAGAACAGGGUGAAGCCCGUGGCUCUGCUCGGGGUUGUUCUGAGGCUCCAAAUAACCGAGGGCAGCUCCUGGAUCCAUUUCCGGCCAAACUUGUUCAGUUUGUUGAAAAUUCUUGGUUUCAGGCCUUGUAGAAUCAUGUCGUUGGCACGCUCCACUUGGCCGUUCGUUUGGGGGUGUGCCACAGCUGACCAAUCCACGCGGAUGUGGUAGUUGUCACAGAACUCCAAGAACUUUCUACCGGUGAACUGGGUGCCGUUGUCGGUUAUAAUCGAGUUUGGUACCCCGAACCGGUGGACGAUGUCCGUGAAGAAUAGCACGGCCUGCUCGGAUCUGAGGUUGCUGAUGGGGCGGACCUCGAUCCAUUUUGAGAACUUGUCGAUGGCCACCAACAAGUGGGUGAAGCCGCCUCCACGCCGACGAGGGCGCCAUCGCAGUGCCGAGCUCGCCGCCUCCCAAACCCUAACCCUCGGCGCCGCCCCAGCGCAGUCCCAUUAUCAUUCUACGGAAUACGGAGUCACAUGCCUCUCUCUUCAUUCUCCUCCUCCGUAUGCAUCUUGCUCAGAGAAGCGGCGGGGAGACUCUGACGUAGAGGCGGCGGUUGGUGGAGGCUCCGGCGGCGGCUCGGCUGGUGUUUAAUCUUGCCAAUUCAGGCGGUGUUUGAACGGGAGGAGACCCAGUUACUGCGAGGUUUCAGCCAAAUAGGCCCAAAUAUCGUCCCAAACGAGCGGCCCAUCAUCCUAGGCCCACUUUGCGGCCCAAAAGGCUCCUCUCCCCCACUCCCCUGACAGAUUGGGCGAGAGGCCUCAGUCUCUGGCUCCCCUCUCCCGAGUCCAAGCAGCCUCGGCAAUUUGGCGGCGGGCAGCGGCAGGAGGCACAGUCGAGCGGCGCACGCCGCGGCAGCCUCCAGCGACGCCGGGCGCCUCCCGACUCCUGAGUCUCGCCGUCCCGGUCCCGCGCGGUGGCGUCAGGCGCCAGGCGCCAGGAGGACGGCCACUUGCAACGCCCGAGCGGCGGCCGGGGCCUGGGACAAAGCACAGGGGUCGAGGGCCGGCACGGCUGGCCGGGGCACGCGGCAGCCGGUGAGGACUCGUGACGCCGCGACGCACCGGUAUGCAUCUAGCCAAGCCCUAAGCUGCCUAAGCAGGUCUAAUUUCUCAAUCUCUUAAUUAGUUGUGCAGUAGCGUAGAACUUGACCUGAAAUUGAUAACUUAAUUUAUGCUCAAUGAAAUAUUGUAUCUUCCCUGUGUUAUAAAAACUAGACCUAUAUGUCAAUAUGUCAUAAUCAAUCACGCAUGCCAAAAUACUAGGCUUUAGACCCAAAAAAAUUUACAGAAAAUUUUGAACACCCGCGCUAGAAAUCAUGGGUCCGCCCCUGCAUUCUCCUCCAUUCUCUUGCAGCUGCUGCCUGAACGAAAUGGCUCAGUCGUUAGAUCAGGGGCAAGGGAGCACCUGGUCGGCAAAGGACCGGGGUGCACUCACUGGGUACCCCUGAUCCCCUGCCCCUCUUGCAAGAUGGCAAGGCUGGACGAGCGGCGGGUCAAAAGGGAGAAUGAGAAUAACUACGGCCUGCCCUACUUCAAGUGCCCAAAUGAAGGAUGCGGUUAUUACAAAACGCAGAAGUCAUACUUUGAUAUUUUGGUGGGUAAGAAGUUGAUUGUGCUGCAAUUUGAUGCUCUGGAAGAUGAAGAUGAGGUGAAGUCCGAAGAUGCUGCUGCUGGGGGAGCUCUGAUCGAAGCAAAGUUGGACAAAUUGAGCAACACAAUGCAGCGGGUCCUCGUGCUUGUCGUAGCACUUGUUGGAAUAGCCUUGUUGCAUCUGUUCAAUUGAUCGAUGUUCCAACUUCCAAGUGAUAUUCUCUUUUGAUGCUCCCUGGAUGUAAAUAGAUGUUGUCUGAUCAAACUGAUGGUCCAGUACUAUUGUGCUGAACUCUAGCCUAUGUUGUGCUUGAUGUUGUGUAACAUCGAGCUAGCUGUGGGUGUUAUUUUGCAAUUACUGGCUUGGCAUAUGCAUAUGCAUGGCGUGGCUGUAGCCUGGCUUGAACUUUCAUUGUAUCUGGAACCAUGUGUUAUUUUGCGGUGCUGGAUGCUUAAUGUUGGUACUACCCAUAUUAUAUA